AUGGCAGCUACUAGCUUGCUUUUGAGCCUUCUACUUCUUUUGUGGUAUUCAAGUGCUGAACAGCAAAAUGAACCUGAUUUUGAGGGAGAUGAUGAUAACACAACAAUGAAAGUUAUGUUACAGAAUCCCUUUCUCUAUUAUUUGGACUACAAGACAGUGUAUGUGAACUGUUCUGUUUAUGGAGAGUCUCCAUUUGAAGUCUCAUGGUUGUAUAGUACUGAUGAGAUAUCUAAUAGAUCCAGUGACUACACUAUCAUCAGUGGUAGUAAAGUGUCUAAUAUUGUGUACAGUCCUAACUCUGAUGAUGAAGGAUAUGUGUGGUGGAACAGUUCUCUUCUUUUGAAUCCUAUUAAUAACUCAACAGCUGGAUAUUACUACUGCAGAGUCAAUGCCUCAUUUGGUCCAAUCUAUUCAAAACCAGUCUAUGUCAGGAAGAAUUAUCUACCAAGGCUAAACUUCACAAAGUUUAUUAAAAGUGGUUACAGUGUGAUUGGAACAUGGAGAGUAAAAAGUUUUCCAUUGCCAAAAAUUCUUAUUUCAUUUCAGUACUUGAGUAGUGGGUCUCGAAGCCGAAAAAGAGUAUACAAUGACUUCAUGACUGCCUAUGUGUCAAACAACUUAUACAGAACAAGUCACUAUACUACUUAUGUUAAUAAAACAAGUGAUGAUAGCCUGACCGUACGUUGGAGGUAUUCUUUCAAUCGAUUGUUUUCAAUGCGACUAAUAGCAAUCAGUUAUGAUUACCCAUCACAAAAGGCACACUAUCACCAGCUAUACAUUAAUUCUGGUAUGAACUUAUUUUAUCUACUAAAAUAA